AUGAGAAGAUGUAGAUUCAUUAAAAUAUUGAAUAUAUGUGAUAAGAAGAAGAGUAAGUUUUUAAAAUUGAACUUUUCAACUUCAAACAAGUUUGAAUAUAGUUCUCCUACGGCUCUUUUAAAUUAUAAUAAUUCUAUACCUUUAUAUAGGAAUAAAACUGAUAAUAAUAUAAAUCAUGUAAAUAAUAAAGAAACAUCAUGUAGUGUUAAUAAUACGUUCCCUUGUAAUAAUGAGGAAUUUUUUGAAAUGAUUAAAAAGAACAUUAAGAAAAAUAAAAAUAAAUAUCAUUUGUUGAAUAUAUAUUGUAAAGAAUUAAUGUAUAGAAUUAAUGAUUCCAAUAUUAGUGCACAUAUUAUUACAAAAACAUUUUCUUUAUUAUCAUAUACAGAUUAUAAAAAUGAUUAUAGAAUAAGCGAAAUUUUAAAUCGUUGUAUUUUAAGAUUAAACGAGUUUGAUUUUAUUCAUUUAUGUUCAUUGAUCAUAUCAUUAAGUAAGAUGAAUUUUAAGAGUGUGUAUUUUAUGGAACAAGUACAAAAUAAAUUUUUGAGAGAAGAGGAGAAUUAUUUUGAAAAACAUUCACCACAUUAUAUAUGUUUGUUUAUAAAUAGUUGGGUUAAAUUAAAUUGUAACAGAAAAAAAAAUUAUAUAAAAGAUGAUCAAAAGGAUAAUCAUGAUAAUAUGAGUGAUCAUAUGAAUAAUACCAUUGAUCAUAUGAAUAAUACGAUUGAUCAUCAUAAUAAUACGAUUGAUCAUAUGAAUAAUACGAUUGAUCAUAUGAAUAAUACGAUUGAUCAUAUUAAUAAUACGGUUGAUCAUCAUAAUAAUAACCAUAUUAAUUAUUUAUCUCAUAAUCAUAAUGAGGAGAGUGUCAAAAACAUUCAAAUUAUAAACUUCCUAUUAACCAAGAUAAGUCACAAAAAAGUAGAAGAAUAUAGUUUAAUAGGAAUAAGUUUAUUAUUAUAUAAUAUAUCUAUCCUUAAAUUACACAAGUACUAUUAUUUAUUUUUUUUAUUUGAAAAUCAUAUAAUAAAGACAAAAAAUCACUUGAACGUCAUACAAAUAGUUAAUAUAUUAACAGCUUAUAAAAAUGUAUGUUUAUUAAAAGUAACCUUAUUAAUAGAAUUGUUAGAAUGCAUAAAUGAAAAAUAUGAAUCGUGUUCUUUUCAUCAUUUGGUAAGGACGAUGGAUGUGUGUUUCUAUUUUGUAGCUAGCCAUAAUAAAGAUAUUAACCAUAUAAAUAAUAAAGAUAUUAACCAUAAGAAUAAUAAAGAUAUUAACCAUAUAAAUAAUAAAGAUAUUAAAGAUAUCCAUAAAAACAAUACUGUUGAUAUCCAUAAUAAUAUAUCUUCUUAUAAAUUGCAACAUAUUUGCCAUUUCAUUUCCAUUUUAUUUAAUCAACUUAUUAAAAACACAAAACAUUUUAAAAAAAAAGAUGUCAUAUUAUUAUGUGGAACCUUAUCAAAAUACAAAAAAUGGAUAGAUAAAAAUUUUAGAAACAGUUCUUCACCCCUUUCAUCAAUAAAUAUAAAUUUGUUAUUUUAUAUAAUUCGGAAUAAUGUAAAAAAGUUUAUAAACCUCUACAGUCAUGUGGAAUUAUCUAUUUUAUUAUAUUGUUAUUCGCUUUAUGAAAUUAAUGAUCUAUAUUUAUUUCAUAAAAUAAAAUUAAGAUGUUUAAAAAUAUUUAACACUUUUAACGAAAUAACAUUUUCCUAUUUAUUUAAGGCAUUUCAAAAUAUGAAAAUAAAUGAUCUUAUAUUUGAAAAUGCAUGCUUAAAUAAAAUUUUAGAAAUAAAAAAAAUUAUAUGUCCAAAAAGUUUAGUCUUUAUACUAUCUGCAUUGUCAUGUUUAAAUAAAAAUACAGAAAAAAAAAAAAAAACCAAUUUCAUAAUUAAAGAUAUAUUGGAGGUUCUAUUUAAAAACUUUCAACAUAUUUUUAUUAACAAUUUUUAUGAAAUAAACAAAUAUGGAUAUAUCAAACAAAAUAUAAAUGAUUCAAUACCAUCAUAUUUAUUAUAUAUAGAAGAAGAAAAUAAAGAUAGGCACUCAAUGAAUAUCUGUCGAAAAAAAAAUGAAACAAUUUUCUCUUACCAAAAAAAAAAAAAAAAAUUAAUUAAUGGAGAUACAUUAUGUAUGUUAGUAAAGUUAUUUUCAAAAUUUAAAGAAUUCCAUUUAAUUGAUAAACUAAUAAUUAUAUUAAUUAAUGAAUAUAAAAAUUAUAAAACUAUAAUAUCAACAUAUAAUUGUAUAUGUUUAUUAAAUUCUAUGGGUAACCUCUGUUCUCAUAUAGAAAAGAAACAAAGUCAUUUUUUCUGGAGAAAUUAUUAUCUUUUUAUAAAUCAUUUAACAAAGAAAAUAUUAUUAAAUGUAGAUUUGCAUGAAAAUAAAAAUUAUCUUAUAAAUUUUUUAAGUGCAAGUGGUAAAAUAUUCCACUCUUACAUUUCUAUUUUAUAUAUAAUAAAUGAAGAAAAUCGAAAUUUUUCUUUUUAUUUGAAAAAUAUUUUAGAUAUUUUAAUUACACAUUUAGAUAAAUAUAUAAAUGAAUUCACAUUAGUUGAUAUAGGUAUUAUCCUUGAAACAUUUAAUAAAGAAAAUUAUUUACAAAUAUCCAACUAUAAUAUGCCAAAAGAAAAAAAAGAAAAAAAAAAAAAAAUGGAUGAUCAUAUAAAUCUUUCUUUUGUAAAUAAAAUAAUAAAUAGAUUAACAUAUUUAUUAAAUCAUGUAAUAAAUGAAAAAGAUUAUAAAAAUGUUAUAAUUAUUAUGAACAAUAUAAUCAAAAUUAACAGUUUUGAUCAAACAAUAUAUGAUUUAAUAAUUAAAAAUUAUAUACUUCAAAGUUUUUAUUAUCAAUCUAUACCUAUGUUAUCACAAUGUAUUUAUUAUAUAUGUAUGAAUGUUUUAUUUAGAGAUAUUAUUAUUAAUACACAACAAAUAUAUUUAUUAACAUAUUUAUUCAAAAAAUUAUUUCAACAAUUUAUAAAUCAAGACAUCUUUCUUUUCUCUACACAAAAUCAAUGUUUACUUAUAUCAGAUAAAUAUAUUAAUAAAAAUAAAAUUAAUCAUAAUAUUAUUAUUGAUACUAUAUUUAUUAAAUCUUUGAUCUAUUUAUGUCAAUCUAUAUUUAUCAUAUUAUUUCAUAUAUCUAACAUAAAACAAAUCAAUUAUCAAGAUAAAAUCAAAAAGGAAGUUAUUCAAAAUCAAAAUAAUCAAUUAUUAAAUUCUAUAACUUUCUUAAGACUUUAUUUAACAAUUUUUAUGCUUACUCAAAAAUUCAUCCAAGAGCCAUAUUAUUUAAAAAAAAUUAUAAAAUUUACACAUUCAGAUCAUAAUAAUAAUACUAUUAUUGAACAAAUACAUAAUACUAUAAAACAUAAACCUAUCAAAACGUAUAACACAUCUUUAUUAUUUUAUAAACUACUUCUAAUUGCAACUUGA